AUGGCGAACAUUUCGAUUUCCGGUGACGAUUUAUCGUCGGAGAGCAGUGAUAAAGAAGAAGACGAGGACAAAGAAGCUGCUCAAAAAGCUGAAAUCAGCAAACGCAAGAAACCCAGACUUAAAGGGAAGCCCAAGUUGAAGAAGCAGAAGAUUCAGGACUCACAGAAUGCUUUCACAUAUGAGGAGGAUAUGGUGAACAAGAACAGAAAAGAGAGACUACUGCAGCAAAUAUUUGCACAUUUUGCUCAAGUUUAUCCAUGUUCUUCUCAGAAGAAGACCCAAGGAAGGGGUCGUCGCCACGCUGCUGAAUUGACAGAAGAUCAGGAAGAUAAAAAGUUUUUAAAAGAAGCAGAGGCUGGCUUAACUAGAUCUGGGAACACACGGUUGUUCACAAAGCCCUCCUGUAUUGUAGGGAAGUUAAGAGAUCACCACUUAGCUGGUUUAAACUGGCUCAUUCGGCUGAAUGAGCACGGCGUUAAUGGAAUUCUUGCUGAUGAAAUGGGAAUCAGUGGUCCCCAUCUGGUAGUUGCUCCAGAAUCAACCCUUGAUUGUUGGGUGCACGAAGUUGGUCUGUUUUGUCCUGAAUUAUGUGCUGUGAAGUUUCUUCGUUCUAAGAAACGGAGACAUAUACGUGAUGACCCGCUUGUUGCUGGGGAUUUUGAUAUCUGCGUCACAAGCUCUAAGACAGCCAUCAAAGAGAAGACAUCACUGGGACGCUUUAGCUGGCAUUAUAUUAUCGUUGAUGAAGAUGAAGAGGAUCAACUCAAGAACAAAAAUCAUCUCCUUUUUAAAACCAUGAAACUUUUAAGCACCAAGUAUCGGCUUCUUAUUAUGGGAACCCCCCUUCAGAACCAUAGCCAUGAAAAACUGUGGGAUCUCCUCAAUUUUCUUCUGCCUAAAAUUUCUAGUUCAGCCGAGACUUAUUAUGAUGAAUGGGUUAAAAUUUCUGGUAAGGAUGACCGGAAGAAAUUUGUUCAACAACUUCACAAGGUUCUUCGACCUUCUCUUCUUCAGAGGCUAAGGUCAGAUGUUGAGAAAGAUUUGCCACCAAAGAAGGAGACGAUACUUAAAGUUGGCAUGUCACAGAUGCAAACAAAAUGCUACAAGGAUUUGCUGGAGAAGAACCCACAACUCGACUUGCAGGCUCAGGAUUUUGCCCAUAGGAUUGGUCAAAAGAAAGAAGUUCAAGUGUUUCGUUUCUGCACUGAGGUUGAUAAUCUCCCCUGUUCUUCUAUUGAGGAGAAAGUGAUUGAGAGAGCUUACAAGAAGUUAGCAAUUGAUGCUCUGGUGAUUCAACAAGGGCGAUUGGCAAAGCAGAAAACUGUCAACAUGGAUGAGUUGCUUCAAAUGGUAAAAUAUGGUACUGAGAUAGUGAGCCCAAUCAAAGACGAACAUAUUGAUGUAAUCAUUUUGAAAGGAGAGGAGUCAACAGCUGAACUAGAUGCCAAGAUGAAGAAAUUAUCAGAAGGUGCUGACCUUGAUUAUGUUGAUGAUGACAAGGAAGCCAAUGACAUUUACCUUUCAUGGGCUAAUGAACUUGUAAGAAUUGAUGGACCAAGAGAUCAUGAGGUUGAUGUUGAGAAACUUGAUGAUGCUAAAAAAGCGGGAGGGAAAAGCUCCCACAAGUGCACCUUAAUAAUUACUGAAGGAGAUUCUGCUAAAGCUUUUGCGAGGGCGGGGAUCUCUGCGAUGACUCCUGAAGCUCAGGACUAUUAUGGAAUUUAUCCUAUUAGAGGAAAACUAAUCAAUGUAAGAGGUCUAUCUCUUCAGAAAAUGAGUGACAAUGUUGAGUUGAAAAACAUUAAGACAAUUCUCGGCCUGGGAGAUCCCGAUACACCAGAAGCAAAAAGCUCAGAACGCCCACUACGCUACGGCCGAGUCAUGAUCAUGACUGACCAGGAUGAUGAUGGGUUUCACAUCAAGGGUCUGUUGAUCAAUAUAUUUCAUUGUUUAUACCCGAGUUUACUCCAGCGGAAGACACCCUUCUUAGUUGUGUUUAUAACACCCAUUAUUAAGGCCACAAACAAAGAGACCAAGCAAACCCUGGAGUUUUAUUUCUUGGAUGAAUACAAAACUUGGAAUAAAGAUCUAGGCGCCAAUGCAGCAGAUUGGGACGUUGACCAUUACAAGGGACUAGGUUCGUUCCAAAGUGAAGAGGGAAAGCUGUGCUUCAAAGAUUUUCAGAGUCAUGUAAAAAGCUUGGUCUCCUUGGAUACAGAAAAAGAUGAAAGUGCAAUGAAGCUUGCAUUUUCUAAAACGCAGGCGCAGAUAGAUGCUCGAAAAGCUUGGAUUGCGAAGUUUAUAGCUAAAAAAAAGAAGAAACUUCGAAAAGCCAGGAAGCGUGACUCGAAGAAAGAAUUUACAAUUGCUGAAUUCGUACGCCGGGAGCUGAUUUUUUACUUUGAGGCAGAUCUUCGACGGUCAAUCCCCUCAAUAGUCGAUGGGCUCAAGUUGGCUCAGAGAAAAGUUCUUUUUGCUGCGUUCAAGAAAAACAUGAUCACGGGUACCAAGGUCAAGGUGUCUGUCCUCGCUAGUGAGGUGUGUGAGCAUGCUGCAUAUCACCAUGGUAUGGAUAGUGUUGUGAGUACCAUAAUUCAUAUGGCACAAGAUUACGUUGGGAGUAAAAACAUUAAUCUCCUCCAGCCCAUUGGUCAUUUCGGUACUCGUAACAUGGGAGGAAAAGAUGCGGCUCAUGCAAGAUACAUCAAGGUUAGGCUCUCUCCAAUCACAAGACUCUUGUUUCGCGAGGAAGAUGAUGAUUUACUUAAUUAUAAGAACGAAGACGGGAACAGCCCAGAGCCAUCUUGGUUCUUGCCUAUUAUACCUAUGAUACUGGUCAACGGGUGUCGUGGAAUAGCAACCGGAUCGAGUUCUUAUGUUCCAAACUACAAUCCUAUUGAUCGGAAGACACCCUUCUUAGUUGUGUUUAUAACACCCAUUAUUAAGGCCACAAACAAAGAGACCAAGCAAACCCUGGAGUUUUAUUUGUUGGAUGAAUACAAAACUUGGAAUAAAGAUCUAGGCGCCAAUGCAACAGAUUGGGACGUUAACCAUUACAAGGCUGUUAGGUCUGGACAGUUCAGUCCAGCAAAAGGUAGAAUCCAUGGUACUGAGACCGGAAACUUGGCACACUCGGCUUGGGGACAUGCUGGAACUCAUGGGAGAAGGAAAGGGAAUCAAGGUGGACAAGACAUACUGGGUUCAAAGAAGCUGACUGGGAAGACAGAUUCUCAGGAAAUGGAUAAGAGGAAGAGAAUUAAGAAACGGGGACUUGGUUCGUUCGAAAAUGAAGAGGGAAAACUGUACUUCAAAGAUUUUCAAAGUCAUGUAAAAAGCUUGGUCUCCUUGGAUACAAAAAAAGAUGAAAUUGCGAUGAAGCUUGCAUUUUCUAAAUCGCAAGCGCAGAUAGAUGCCCGAAAAGCUUGGAUUGCGAAGUUUAUAGCUAAAAGAAAAAAGAUACUUCAAAAAGCCAGGAAACGUGACUUGAAGAAAGAAUUUACAAUUGCUGAAUUCGUACACCGAGAGCUGUGUUUUUACUUCCAGGCAGAUCUUCGACGAUCAAUUCCCUCAAUACUCGAUGGGCUCAAGUUGCCUCAGAGAAAAGUUCUUUUUGCUGCGUUCAAGAAAAACAUGAUCACGGGCACCAAGGUCAAGGUGUCUGUCCUAGCUAGUGAGGUGUGUGAGCAUGCUGCCUAUUACCAUGGUAUGGAUAGUGUUGUGAGUACCAUAAUUCAUAUGGCACAAGAUUUCGUUGGGAGUAACAACAUUAAUCUCCUCCAGCCCAUUGGUCAUCUCGGUACUCGUAACAUGGGAGGAAAAGAUGCGGCUCAUGCAAGAUACNUCAAGGUUAGGCUCUCUCCAAUCACAAGACUCUUGUUUCGCGAGGAAGAUGAUGAUUUACUUAAUUAUAAGAACGAAGACGGGAACAGCCCAGAGCCAUCUUGGUUCUUGCCUAUUAUACCUAUGAUACUGGUCAACGGGUGUCGUGGAAUAGCAACCGGAUCGAGUUCUUAUGUUCCAAACUACAAUCCUAUUGAUGUUAUAAAGAACAUAAUGCGUAUGUUGCUUGGUCAAGAUAUGGAGCCCAUGAAACCUUGGUAUAGACAUUUUAAAGGACGUAUCAAGAAAGUUCAAGGAUCUAUUACCUCGUAUAGAACAUCUGGUGCAUAUACUAUGGUUGAUGACAGCACCAUAAGAUUCACAGAACUUCCAAUUGGAGUAUGGACAGAAGACUUCACAAAGAUGCUGAAAGCUAGUGGUAUCAAGGUACUUUAA